AGUCACCGUCCCAAAGUCACAGUCACCAGAGUCACCGUCCCAGAGUCACAGUCACCAAAGUCACCGUCCCAGAGUCACAGUCACCAAAGUCACCGUCCCAAAGUCACAGUCACCAGAGUCACCGUCACCAGAGUCACAGUCACCAAAGUCACCGUCCCAGAGUCCAGACUCGGAAGUCGAAGGCUCGGAGCUUCUUCUGCUAUAA